AUGCACCGCCAUUUUGGCCGGCUCCUCUCCAGCGGCGACGGGGCGGAUGUCACCUUCGAGGUCGGAGGCGAGACGUUUGCGGCGCACAGGUGUGUGCUUGCCGCCCGGUCCUCGGUGUUCAUGGCGGAGCUGUUUGGGCCGAUGAAGGAGAACACCGAUGCUUCUGUACGCAUCACUGACAUGGAGGCUAAAGUGUUCAAGGCCAUGCUCCACUUCAUCUACACAGACUCUCUGCCGCCCAUGGACGAUGAGCAGGAGCUGGUGGUCAUGGCCCAGCAUUUGCUUGUUGCGGCUGACACGUAUAACCUCGAGAGGCUCAAGUUGCUCUGCGUGGAGAAGCUCUGCAAUCACAUGGACGCAAGCACCGCUGCGACUACGCUGGCAUUGGCUGAGCAGCAUUCCUGUUGCGGGCUCAAGGACUUGUGCUUCAAGUUCCUUGCGUCACCUGGAAAUAUGCUCAAGGCCGUUGUGGCGAACGACGGCUUCGAGCAUGUGAGGAGCAGCUGCCCGUCUGUUCUCAAAGAGCUCGUUGCCAAACUUGCACCUUGA